GCUCGAUCGACGAUCGCGCUCCCCCGCCAAGUCCAUAGCUGCUCCCUUACCGCUUCUCCCCUUCUUUGACUCGCUUUACUACGAUUCCGUACCUCUGGUACUACCAGGCCCCCUACCAUGCCCUCCAUAAACGUCGGCUCCCAAAUCUUCGACCUCGUCUUCCACCCGAAAGAGCCCACGAUCUACACCGCGCUCCUCACCGGGCACGUCAAGGCGUUCAGCUACGAUGCGCAGGGUGCGCUGGUGCCGUCUUUCUCGCUGAGGGUGUCGAAGAGGUCGUGUAGGGGACUGGAUCUGGGGAAGGGGGCGGACACGGGAAAGGUGUAUGUGGUGGGGAAGGGGAAGGCGAUCCACACCAUCGACGCCUCCAUCGGCAAGGUCUCCGAGACGCGGGCAGGCGCGCACGAGUCGGCCAUCAACCGCGUGAAGUGCUUGACGUCGUGGCUGCUCAGCACGGGGGAUGAUGAUGGGGUGAUCAAGCUCUGGGAUCCUCGCCAGCGCGACUCGACGCGAUCCUACACACAGCAUUUCGACUACAUCACCGACUUCCUCUGGCUCGAGGAUAAGAAGCAUUUGGUCGCGACGAGCGGCGAUGGCUCCCUCUCCGUCAUGGACGUACGUGCAAAGACAUUGAAGCCGAUCGCGCACUCGGAAGAUCAGGAAGAUGAGCUGCUGAGCAUAGGGUUGAUCGCAGGAGGCACGAAAGCCGUCGUCGGUACCCAGAUGGGCGUACUCUCGAUCUUCAACCGCAGUAGCGGCUGGGGUGACUGCGUGGAUCGCGUGCCAGGUCAUCCUCAAUCCAUCGACGCGCUCUGCACCCUCCCCGACCUCUCCGACAUCGGCGUUGACACGACACGCACGGUCAUCACCGGCUCUUCCGAUGGCUUCGUGCGCGCGGUGCAGGUGCUGCCGACGAAGUUGCUGGGUGUGGUGGCGGAUCACGGCGAGUGGCCCGUUGAGCGGGUCGCGGUAGGGCAGGCGCCCACGCCAGAAGUGAGUGCAGCGUCGGGCGACGCGAAGGGGAAGGGGAAGGCUAUGGAGGACGAAGAAGACGUUGGGCCGACGAAUGCGAAGUACUGGGUGGGGAGCGUCGGGCACGACGAGUCGCUGCGGUUGACGAGCCUGGAGGCGUUCUUCAAGGAGGGUGGGGUGGACGUUGAGGAAGGCGAGGGCGCGGCGAUGGAGGGAUCGAGCGAGGACAGUGACGAGAGUGACGAGGAGGAGGACGGCGACAGGAACGUCGAAGACGCGGGCGGGAAGGACAGCGAAGAAGAAUCCGAGGAGUCGUCUGAUUCGGAUGGGGAGGGCGAGCCAGCAGCAGCCAAUAUCGAGUCAAAAGCAGUGCGCGUCGAGGAGCGCGAGACGGGAGACGACGAUGGCGCAUCGGACGAUUCCGACUCUGACGGGGAGAAGGAGACGAAGAAGAGGAAGCGGAAGCAGCCGAAGGAUCUGUUGGCCGUGAAGAAAAAGAAGGGCCGGAAUGAGAUUGAUCUCGAGGGGAAGUUCUUCGAUGGGCUGUAGCUUUGACAGUAUGUUUUCCUCUAUGUGCAUACCUGUGGGAACGUCUUGUUUGUGGUCGCGCGUCA